UCAAAUCCUAAUCCCAAACUCAAAAAUUGAAACCAACCAAACGUAACCAAAUAACCAAAGCAAAAAAUAAGAUUUCAUUUCACAUCAUAUUUUUAGUGUGUAUUUUUCGCCCAUUUAAUUAUUAAAAUGGAAGCGGCCGGUGAAACUGGUCCCAAAGAAAAUACAGACAAUGUUCUACCUGAGAACAAUAACGAUGAGAAAACACCAACACCGCCUCUCCAAGUGGCCCCUAAGAAGUCCAAGAAAGAGGACAAGAAAAAGGACGAUAAAAACUUAGAGCAGUUGAUGAAAUCCCUAAAUUCACUUCCAACACUAGACGAAAAAUUCUCUAUGGUAUGCAAGAAACACGUCCAGUCAGCGGAGGACUUAAAAAAGAUGCAGUUUUAUAUCAAACAGUCAGAUAAACGGUAUGCGAUACUGUUGAAGGAGAAGGAACAGUUGCAACAUGAGUUCAAUAAGACAAUACUCGUGAAAUCAAAGCUUGAAAAUCUUUGUCGGGAACUUCAGAAGCAAAAUAAGGCUAUUAAGGAAGAGUCCCUGCUCAAGAUCCGGGAAGAGGAGGAACGCCGCAAGGAAACCCAGGCGAAGUUUCAGAAUACGCUGUCGGAGAUCACGACUCUUCUACAGCAGAACAAUGAGAAGAAUGCCAAGUUGAGAGACGAUAAUAUAAGCAUGAGCGAGAAGUUCAAGAGUGUAGUGCAGCAGUAUCAGUUGAGGGAGCAACAGGUUGACAAAAUGGCGAAACAGAUGGCUCUAGAAUCUCAAUUGUCCGAGGCCAAGCUUCAAAAGGCCAGUCUGGAACACCAGGCCGAACGGGAGAGGCUUGUAGCGGAAAUGGAACAGCUGAAGGUGACCGUAGCCCAGUACCGGGCUAAGGUCAUGGAGCUGCAGGGAACGGAGACAGCGCUGAGAGGCCAACUGGGAGUGUACACAGACAAAUAUGAUGAGUUUCAGAACGCUUUGGUGAAGAGCAACCAGGUGUUUGGAGGUUUUAAGGAGCAGAUGGAAAAGAUGUCAAAAAAAAUUAAGAAGCUGGAGAAAGAGUCGCUGUCAUGGAAGCAACGAUGGGAGACCUCGCAGACGGCUUUACUGGACAUGUGCGGGGAGAGGCAGGCCAGCGAAGAGAGGGCUGCGGCUUCAGCAAGACAAUUGCAGCAUAUGCAGAGCUUGUGUCGCACAUUGCAGGGUGAACGCACACUCCUCCUCAACACUCUGAAGGAGCACAACAUAGAGCGGCCAGCGUUACCGCCCAUGCCUGCCGUCCCCGCGCCCGCCCCGCCGCCAGCGCCCGCCUCCAAUACUAAGGUCGACGCGAUGGCCGCAAACUGUGCACAGUUACGUCAAAGUCUCGCACAUCUUCAAAGCCAACUAAACGUUCUCACUAACAAUAAAAACGCUAAUGCCAAUGCAAAUGCGACCCCAGAAACCCCAGAGCCGCCCAAACCAGAGAAACAAAAGAAAUCUAAAUCUAAAAAGAACAAAGCUGAAAAACAGGCACAAAAGGCCGCUCAGGAAAAACCUGAAGCUAAAGACGAAAGCGAUGAUACUAAUGCCAAAGAUAGCGAAUCAAAUGAAGCAACCACCAAUGGUAAUGAAGAAAAUAAAGACAGCCCUGUCGAAAAAAUUGAUAGUCCUGUUGAAAAAGAUAACAGCCCCGUCGAAAAAGUUGAUGAUCAAACUCUAGAAACAUUAAUACAAGCCAUCAAUAGUGCAAAUAUAAAUUUGUGCGAUCUGGAAGUUAGCAACGAUGAAAAUGGCACCAUCGACAAUUUAGACGAAAUAGAUAUCAAGAUUAGAAGUGAAGAAAACGGUCAAGUUGACUCAAGUCCUGAAGUUAAUGAAGUCACCAAUAAAAUUAAUGCUGACGUGUCAAUUAUUGAUACAAAAUUAUCGUCAAAUGAUGAGGUGCCGCAGAUAUCUGAAGUAAAGCCUAUAGCUGGAGAUUGUGCAUGAAUAAAGCUUAUUGUAAAUAAUGUUUGAACUUGAAAUUUUUUGAAGAAUUUAGUGUCAAUCGAUGAUGCAAUUUUACAAGUGUUUAGUGUUACGGCCAUAACAUGUGCAAAUUUGGUGCCCUGAUCCGUAAUUAAUAUGACGCAUCUAAUGAUUUUCUCAAUUCAAGCAAUUGAUUUGUUUGAUUAAUUAUGGUUUAUGCGGAUUUUUAUUUUCUUUUUUUGUGAAUGAUUUUGAAGAGGGUGCUAAAGUAGCCUAAUUUGAUAUGUUGGUCUCAACUUUGUUGUGUGAUUUUUGUUUGUUAUUGACUUGAAUAUAUUGGAAUUAGAAGUGCCUAAACCUAAUGUCUAGUCAGGUAUUCUUCAUGGUCGGGCCGAAGCGUUAAUUUAAUGGUUUGGGCAUGAAAAUAGUUACACUUAUUUGAAUAAAAUUUAAUUUUUUUAGAAGAAAUUUGUGAUUGCUUUGCUCUCUCAGUAAUAAAUAUGAGUUCAUGUAACGAGAAUGAGUGUUAAAAUCUUUUCUAAAACUUCUAUUGUUUAAUUACAUUAUUUUUUCCCUUACCAGUGACUCGCCCCAGAUUUACAAAGGUAGCAUUUAUACAUAUACCUUCAUCUUGAAUCACUCUAUCUAUUUAAAAAAAAUCCAUUGUGUACUUUUAAAGAUCUGACCAUGCUAUAUUAAGUAGUGAUACAGUGUAAAUUUUCAAUAUUUACAAAAUUAUUUUCUUUAUUAUAACUUGUAAAUUGCUGUUCUCAAUAUGACAUGGGUUGACUGUUAGAAAGCCAUGCAUCAAGUUAGGGCCAUUGACUUUAUACGUUAUUUAUUGCAAUUUUUAUCGCUCAAUUUACCAUCUUUUUUUUUGUUCUCCUCAUUACCCUUCUGGCAUUCGUCAUUUGUGUUUAAUAAAUAUUCAGUGUAAUUAUUUUUAUGCCUAUCAUUUAACGAAUUAAGUGCGUACGCGCCCGUUAAUGAUUUUUUUUGUGAUUGUCAAUACAAUUUUGUUACAUGUAGUAAGGCAGUAUUUUAUUGACAGUAUUUUGCAUUAGUUUUUAUAAGUUAAUUUUUUUGGCCAAUUUUGACAUGAAUUAACAAUUUGGGGCCAAUCGAAUAAAAUAACCUGCCAUAUUUUAAUGAAACACUGGCUUGAUUUGCUGUUUCUUUGGAAUUGUUUUCAAAUUUUUUGAGAAAGAGCAUUCAUGGUAAAAGUAUUUUGAGAAGUUUUCAGUAAACACACAUUUCUUAUACCUACAUAAUUAAAUGUACUACACGACACCCCGAAUACUUAAAAUAAGCUAAGUUCACAUUUCUUUGUUAAUGUUUUUCAGAAAGAUAAACUGAAACGAUUAAAUAUUAUUCUAACAAAAAAAAACGUGGCUGGAAAAAGUGAACUUAGGCAAUUGAAGUGAUUGUAUUUUGUUACCACUAAAUUGUAGUGAGAAUUUGCCACAAAACAAAGAAGACUGCGUCAGCCAUGGCGGGCGUUGGUGUUCUGUGCAGUGUAGUAUUUAAAAGAGGUGAAGAUUGUGCCCAAUCGUUAUGUAACUUAAGUUUUCUAAAUAAAUCUAGAUUUUGUA